AUGGAAGACACUGGCGGCGAGCAUGCUCUUGGAGUGCUGGGAUCGUCAUUCACCUCCAGUAUGGACGUGCAGUCAGCGCAAGUGCGCAUAACGACCUCAACCCUGGACUUGGACAUGCCAAGAGCGGAAAUGAAGAGCGAAGCUGCCCCCAGCCUCAACAUGCUCUUGGCGGACAUCAACAGAAAGAUAGAUCAGAUAGCAGGCAUGGAAUCACGCCUCCUCCCAACAAAAAGUUUCAUGGAGAGUGUGGCUGGAAGCCUGGCAGCCCAUACCACAUCUCUAGAUAGCCUGUGCUAUGCCGUGGAGCAGAUCAGGGCGGAGGGCGAGUUUGCCAGCCGCUGCUCACGCAUCUCCGCCAACAAGCGCAACUCGCACCUUUCGCGCCGCUCUUCGCACAAGGCAUCGCCCAACCUGGCUAGUUUGUUGCCUUUGCCUAGCAGCGUACCUACACCUCAGGAUGAUGCUCCAGCCUUGUUAAAUGGGUCGUCAAGCUCCUACAGCAAGCAAAGCAAAGUGAGCAAAGUGAGCAAAGUCUCCAUUGAUCCGACUCCAGAUCGUGGGCUGCCCGUCAGUAGACUCAGUAGCAGCCGUGCCGUGCCGCGUGCACCGCCCAGAAACAAGAAGAAACUUCAGUCCUGUGCCAGCCAUGCCAGCUCCAGUUGUGAGCAGAUGCCAUCUGCAUCUGCUUACGGUAUGAUGGACGAGCUUGAGUCCUUCACGGCCCAGCAGCUCAUGCACAAGCCUAGGAAGUCCCAGCCGGAGGGCAGUAUUUCAGUUGAAGUUGGCGAUGGCUCUGGAGGCGAGGCUUCAGUGCCCAAGCCCAAGUCCGGCCCAGCCCCAAAGCCUGCAAAGCCUGCAGCGGAUGACGCGGACGCUGCCGAUGCCAGGAUCAUCGGCAGGCCAAGGGCUGUCACAGUCAAGGGAGAAGAUAAGGAAGGAAUGCUGAAGAACUGCCGCCGCUUGUCGCUGGAUGAGCUCAGGGAGAACUACAACCAAGUCAUGGCGCGCACUUCAGCCAAAGACGGAAGUCCCAAGGCCACCAAGACCAGCGAUGCCGUCAGUCCACUUGGCGAGUUUCCCGAACCCUGGAGUAUUUCAACUGCGCUGCCAUGCGUCUCUCGGAUCCUUCUGAGCUUGGUCGGGAUCCUGGACUUCGGGGAGGCUUGCUGUUGGCGAGCAUUUUCGAGAUGGGCCCAUGGCGUGUGUCCCGUGAUCCUCGUUGCAGUCCUCGCUUAUGCAAGUGCGCAAGGGGUUGUGGAGGCCUAUGACGCCGAAGCCUCCUGCUUCUACUUUGCAGGUGCUAUCCUUGCAACCUUCAGCCUUCGGCGUUGUGGGCUGCAGUCCUUGCUCAAUGCAAGUGAGAAUUCCUUGGAUGACUAUGCAAGCAGGGCCGGCUUUCUGAAAGACUGGCGUAAGUUGUCGAAGCGGCGCUUGGUUGAAAUGCUUCUCUUGUAUGGACAGAUGCUUGUUUGCAAAGUCGCCGUGAGUGUGCUGAGAGAUGCGGGACCCUGGAGCGGCAUGGACGUCGUGGCUCAUCUUUCGAUCGCUUUCAUGGAGCUUCAGCAUCUAAGGUUUACGAUGGUUGCGUGCGUGCAGCUUCAUGUUUGUUGUGGCUUGGAGCUUGCCAUCGACAGUUUCGGCUUCCGCUUCUUCAAGGACAUGGACCUGGAGGAGGCGCUCGACGAAUGGAACAUGCUGCAGGCGACCUUGCGGCAGGUCUCCGGACGGCUCAGCGGGUCCAUUCUCAUGCUGGGCUUGUCUUGCCUAGGGCCCCUGGUCUUGCUGGCGGAAAGGGCGCUGCGCGACCCCGACUUCGUGUCAGCCAGCUUGGACACGGCCUUGUGGAUUGCUUGGCUCUAUCCACCCAUCCUUCAGUUCCUUUACGUAACUGCGCGUGCUGCUUCUGUGACAGGUAGGGCUUGUCGGGUCGCUCCCUUGGUGAACUCUUGGAAGUUCGAGUCGCAGGAAGAAGAGUCAGAAGUGUCUGGGAUGGACCCAGGGCGGCAGUAUGUCGUGCAGUACAUUAUGCAAAGCGAGGCAGGCUUCUACAUGAAAGGCGAAGAGGCCCUGAGCCCGGGACUGGAGGAGGGCGAAGAAGAGGAUGAUGAUGACGAGGUAGGGCUGCGCGGGUACUGUUUGUCAAGGGGCCCGUGCUGGGGUAAGGGCAAGGGCAAGGGCAUGUUGAUGGUAGUCCGUAGGACGAUGCAGGGCCUGGACUUUCGGCAGCCUGCGCUGGGCGCUCGUUUGGAGUGCGCGCUUCAUGCAACUGGCUUGAUGGCCGUGUCCACGCUGGCCGUAGCCAUCAACUCAGAAUUUUUAGUGGACGUCAUCGAGGAAGUGGUUCGGUCAAACGGGCUACCGGAAAGCUUCUCAGCCCAGAAAGAGGCAUUGGCACUUGAUUCGAGGUUCCGGGAGACUCCGGAGGUGGACAAUCACGUGGAACUGGCAAGUGCCAUCCGAUUCGCCAUGCAGGACCACACUUGGGCGCUCGCAAAGCCCUGGUUAGUUCUCUCUUUCAGCUCGGUGAUCUAUUGGUACACGUCCAUCGUAAAGUCGUCGGGCCGCUGGCGGGGCGUCUUCCGGCAAGGAAUCGAAGAUGGUGAUGUUGUGUCUGCCAUCGUCCGAGAAGUCGAGGUCAUCUCGCACAAGCUUGGCAGGGCGUUUGCUGCCAUCGGCACAGAUGGCAGUGUAGUCACUUGGGGCCAUUGCGCGAAUGGCGGAGAUAGUACGAGUGUGAAGCACGAGCUGCAGGACGUACAGGAAAUCAAGGCUACCGUGGGCGCCUUUGCUGCAAUUCGUGGAGACGGCAAGGUUGUGACUUGGGGAAAUCCUGAUUGUGGUGGGGACAGCACCGCAGUGGAGGCCUUGCUUGAGGAUGUGUGUUUUCUGCAGGCCACGUACAAAGCUUUCGCGGCUCUGCGACGGGAUGGAAAGGUUGUUGCCUGGGGAAGUGGCUCAUAUGGAGGUGACACGGAGGAUAUUCAUUGCCAGCUCCAGGGCGUGCGACAUGUGUAUUCUACCACUGGCGCAUUCGCAGCGGUGAGGCAUGACGGCAGUGUGAUCACUUGGGGGUCUUUGUCUUAUGGCGGCAACAGUGACACAGUCCAGGACUUGCUGACAGAUGUCACAGAAAUUGUCGGAGCCGCCAGGGCUUUCGCAGCGAUCAAGGCGGAUGGCACAGUGGCCACCUGGUGCUGCAAGCUCUGGCCAGACUUUGAUGCCAUCGUCGGUGGGGACAGCCAAGCAGUACAACAGCAGCUCAACGGCGUGCAGCAGAUCGUCGCAUCUGCGCAUGCCUUUGCAGCGAUUCGAUCGGCAGGUGAUGUAGUAACAUGGGGGGCUUCCAGCUGCGGUGGCAACAGCGAGCCUGUCCAUCAACAGCUGACGAACGUGAAAGCUAUCCAUGCCAAUGCCUUUGCUUUCGCAGCGUUGCGAUCUGAUGGGACCGUCGUAACUUGGGGUGAUAGCGCCUACGGCGGUAACAGCCAAACUGUCCAACAUCGGCUGCAAAGUGUGCACGACAUUGCAGCCACAGGGGGGUCGUUUGCCGCACUCACAAGUGACAGGACAGUUGUGACAUGGGGGAGCGCGGAGCAUGGAGGUGACAGCUCGAGUGUUUGUGAGCAGCUAAGCAACGUGCAACAACUUUGCCCCUCACUGCGCGCUUUCGCCGCCCUCAGAUGUGAUGGAAGUGUCAUUACGUGGGGCAGUGCAGAGUAUGGCGGAGACAGCAGUACCGUCCAAGAACAGCUGCACGACGUGCACCGUCUAGAUGCCUCCAUGCGAGCAUUCGUCGCUGUGAAAGGGGAUGGCUCCCUUGUGACUUGGGGAGAUCUGGCCCUCGGAGGCACGACCAACUUCAUGGAGCAUGACUACUACUGA